AUGCAAAAACUAAACGACAGCUCGCUUCUUCCAACUGACCAAGGUCAAUGUCUCAACCUCCGCUGCAAACACUGCCCCACGGGGGACGGCCAUAUCAGGCUCGAAUUCACCGUCGAAGAAAACAGAAAACUGCUUGUUAAUGGGUUCGAGCUCUUUCCCUCUCACGACGACAACGGCGAGACGCUCAUAACUGCCAAUGUACACGACGUCGGUGCCAAUGGAAAAGAAAUCCACGAGCAAGCAAUCAGCUAUAAACUCAGCACGGCACUCAAUGAAAAAGACGAAAUCGAAGGAAUCGAACUGAUCGAUGUAGAAUACAUGAUCCGCCAGGUCGGCACCAGAGUGGUUCAAGACGUUCCUGCAGUACACGUGCGCCUUGUCAAGCUUCCAGGAGACAACAUUCUGAUUGGGGUACUUUCAACAAAAGAGGACGAGGACUACGACGCCGACUGUGGCGCUGUGCAGUGCUGGGCGUACAAACUGAGCUUCGGGGCCCUUGGGUCUGCCGAUGACAUGAUUCCGAGCUGUUGCAGCAAGAGUUCAGCUCAGGCCAACCACACUCCUAGUGACGUCGAUUGGCGCCAUCCCCUCCAUUGGGAGAAGGCUUCGCUGCAUGGGCUGCAGCUCAGUGUGUUUGCUUGUCUCCUGCUUGGCUUGUACGUUUACUCUGUUUCCGGAUGA